GAUCUGAACCCUAGAGCAACGCUCCUCACUCUCACCUCUAUAAAGCUCCGUAAUAAUACCAACGCCUAAACCUCAGGAGAAGCGGAGCGUCGACCCGACGGCAGCAGAGCAACCUCAGUCGGCAAUGGAAAUCUACGGGUUACGCACCAAGGGAGUACCUCACCAUGCAGAUCUCCGCCGCAGAGGAAAACGGAGAUUUACUCUGACCAGGAAGGUAGGGUCUGGUGGACGGGAGACGGACGCGGAGAAAGGUCUGCAGCUGGAUCUGGAGGAAUGGGAUGGCCGCGAGAGAGACAGAGAGGAAAAGGGACUGACCCGAAAUGGGUUGCGGUGUACGGUCGUGGCGGAAAAGGAGAAUCUGGGGCAGGGCUGGAUGGAUCUGAGGGAAGACGAGGCUGAGAAUGGGAAGGGGCUUUGUUUUGAUACCGCUAGGGUUUCUGCAAAUCAAGAUAAGGCCGCCGUCGUCUUCCUCCUCCGACUUUCGUCUCUGGCUCUGGUGAGAGGAGACGUGAGAGCUUACGAAUGUUGAGAGGGCGAGAAUUGCAUGGGAGGAC